AUGGCGCGUUUACGAGUAUUGCGAGCUACCACCAAAGCCGCUUUACUUGUGGCCGGAGGAGCUGCGGUCGCUCAAGCACCGUUGCGAUUCCCAACAGCUCAUGCAGAGGCUCCUUUAAAAGAUGAAGUAGUACUCACCUCAUCUACUCGUGCGCGUCCGGCACUGACUGUCUCGAAGAUUCCAGACAAGAAGCCCAUAUACUCCUCCUACGAACCUUCUCCCACAGCUCCCACACUUCCCGCAGAUACUCCAGCACCGAAGCCACACCCGACCUCUCCUACUCCCACAGACCGACUUGCCGAGCAGGUCAAGACCGCACGACUCUUUCUCUACAGACAAUCACUCUCGGCCGAGAAUGGCGUCAACGACCUUCUGACCUGGGCCUUCAAGAAAGAGACCAGCAUUGCCAACACGAUCGCUUCUUUAGCACCUGCGCCGGAGACGGGAGAGCAGCUUCUACCUGGAGCAAUUUACGUUUUGGUUUCGACCAUGGCCGGAUCAAUAGUCACUCGCAACCGGGGCAUCUUUUUGCGAGCCACUUUCCCCUUGGCGGUCGGCAUCACCGCUGGCUGGAUGCUGAUACCAGUAACCAUGCGGAACACGUCAGAUCUGAUCUGGGAGUAUGAGAAGAAAGUGCCCGCCAUCAGCGAGACGCAUUUGCAAAUAAAGGAUGCCGUGCAAGAAACGUGGAAGCAGGCCAGAACCUAUGCACAGGGAGCAACCCGUUGGGCUGACGAUACCGCCGCUGAGACCCGGAAGAAGGUCGAAGACUUGGUGUCGAAAGGCAAAUGA